AUGUCAGUCCACCAAUGUGAUACCGAGACGGCCGCACAGAGGAUCUACGAGGAGCAGUUGCACACCUCCGGACAUCUGGACGAUUCGAUGGACGAAUGUAGCGACCGAAUGGACAAGACAAGCAGCUCCUCUAUAACCCAGAAGAAGGGCUAUGCCAAGACGAGGAUGUCCACUUUCUGCCACAAGUUCGUCAAGCCAGCGUUUCCGGAAGCCAUCACAGACAUCAAGAUAUUGCAUGGCAUGACAGCGCUCGAGAGGCGCGUCAAGAAUGAGAUCAACGAUGCAGGCCUCUGCCCUGAAGUCGCCAAGAUGGCGCAGGUUCGGCGUGGUCUGGAGCUCUGUCCUGAGGAGCGUGCAUUCCUUGUGAAGCGAAAGCAGCAUGUUCGAGACCAUUUUGCGAAAUAUCUUGGACUCAAUCCGCAAGAAGUACAUCCAGACGAUGUACCAAGAAUCUCGUUUGGUGGCAGCGGUGGAGGCUUCCGAGCCAUGAUAGGUGUGCUGAGCUAUGCAGACGAGAUGAAAGCAGCCGGGCCGUUGGAUUGCCUGACCUAUGUUUACCUUAGGUGUUCACAACAGGAUGGAUCUUCUUCCAGGACGACCCAGCUACACAUCCAGGUGGUUCUGCUCAUAAUGAAGUUGCUGGAUUUCAGACCUCCUGGCACAAGUUCUCUUCUGCGAGAGAGCUUGGUUCCGACCUGGGCUUUCGGCAGACCUUUCGAGCAUGGUAGAUCUACCAUGCAACUCCCGGAGCAGUCACUCGCGCUCCUUCUCGGCCUAGCGACGAAUGCACCAGCCGGUCCGCGGACUUCUUACAUCUUUACCAUCAGCCGCAAUCUGCCAGUGGGCUUUCUCGGGAGUUCAGUCCACACGCUCGCUCACGGACUUACUAGACUCUGGGGUAAAGAAGGUACCGAAGAGUUCCAGAACCACCACCCGCUCCACGCUUGUAACGAGCACAAUUUCAUGUACCACUACACGCCCGUCAAACCCGACGCGCACCGUGCUCCGGGUCUGGAGAACUCUCCGCGAAUCCACCUUAUCGACUCCGGCAUGGACAAUAAUUGCCCAACCGUGGUCCUUCUCCAUCCACAACGCAAAUGCGAUGUCAUGAUCAACAUGGACGCUUCCUCAGACGUGCAGAAAGACACUUUUCGAGAACGUGUGGACCAGAUCAAGGCGAGGCUUGACAUUUACGAAACGCCACGACAUGUCUCCAGGCGAUGA